CCUGUGGCGGGAGCUGUCCGUGAGACCUAGUGCUGAAGUAGGCGCGGACGUGCCUGGGUGCCCGGCGCAUGGUACCCGGCGCCCAGUACCGGGCCAGCCGAAGACCAUGGCAUUCAUGGUGAAGACCAUGGUGGGCGGCCAGCUGAAGAACCUCACUGGGAGCCUAGGGGGCGGCGAGGACAAAGGGGACGGGGACAAGUCGGCCGCCGAAGCGCAGGGCAUGAGCCGAGAGGAGUAUGAGGAGUAUCAGAAGCAACUGGUGGAAGAGAAAAUGGAGCGGGACGCGCAGUUCACACAGAGGAAGGCUGAGCGGGCCACGCUGCGGAGUCACUUCCGAGACAAAUACCGGCUGCCCAAGAACGAGACAGAUGAGAGCCAGAUCCAGAUGGCAGGUGGAGACGUGGAGCUGCCCCGGGAGCUGGCCAAGAUGAUUGAGGAGGACACAGAGGAGGAGGAGGAGAGGGCCUCAGUCCUUGGGCAGCUGGCCAGCCUCCCUGGCUUGGACCUCGGCUCACUCAAGGACAAGGCCCAGACCACACUGGGGGACCUCAAGCAAUCAGCUGAAAAGUGCCACAUCAUGUGACUACUUCCCCUGGGGUUGCCCAUGGGGGUGACCAGAGGGCUGGGCCCACAUAAGCGCUAAGAGCAUGUCUCAACCUCCAGGGUUCCAAACCCUAUCUUGGCUUUGUUCCUCUGCCCCACACCAACCCCAGGACCCUUCUCAUUCAUACCUCCAGCCUGCCUUCUGCUUUCUCCCUCUCCACUGGGAGCAAAGUCCCCACUCCUCACCCUACCCCUUAGGACCCAUCUUCCCUACUCAGCCUGGGGAGGCUUCCCAAGAUUGUAGGAAUAGGUCCAACCCUCUUUGGCCAUGGCCCUGAGUGUAUGCACAGAAGAGCACCCACAGACAGACACACAGGGACAUAGAGACCCUGGCAUGUGUAGAGGCAUAUGCCACAGAUGCAUCCUGGCACACAUAGACAUACGUACACAGGCCAGCUCCCCUGGGUGCCUAGCUCUUCUAGACACCAACACUCAAAUAUGCUUAGAUGGGGCUUAAGGGGACACCCUCAGCAGACAGGAGGCCUGAGUCCAAGUUUCCAAAUUUAUUCUCCUUGAAACCGACUGCCCUUUCUGGGCCUCAUUUCAUCACCUAGAAAAUGGGGAUAGACUGGGGGAUUUCUCAGACUUUUUCUAGCUUGGCCUUCCUGGCCCCUCGGGGUCAACCCCAGCCCCUCCUUGCGCAGGGCAGCAGCUGCAGCCAGAGCCUCAAGCGGCUGCCACUGUGAGCUCUGGCUCUUGGAAGCUGAGCGAUGCUAUGUGAGGGGCCCAAUGCCAAGGAUGUAGCUGGCACCGAACAGUAGCCCAGGCGGCUCCAGGCCUUCUCUGGGCCCAGGGCCCAGCCAAUUUCUGUUCUGUUCCUGUAGAACUCUCUCUGGAUUCCAUAGCUGGAUUUCCUCUCAGUUCAGUGAAAAAUAAAAAUUCCAAAAGAC